AACAGCGGAACAGAAAAGGGUUCUUUCCAUGUAUUUCAAUCAUCAGUGACUCGGUUUUAUCACACCUUUGGCCUGCAACGUUGCGAAUGGCAGUGGGAUAGUAGUGUGUUUGUGAGUGGGGAGGGGGCGCGGAGAAGUCCAGCUCAGACAGUGUUCUUAUCAGUGAACGGAAUUUUGUUUUCGGAGUGUGUGGCCGAAGUUCCCGAGGAACCUUCUCGGCUCCAGUUGAGGCGAAGAGAGUUAAAAUUGAUUAGUGUCUAUUAGGAGGGGUGAAUCCCAGCUGAUUGAUCAUCAAUUUCAGUGAGAGAGAGAAAAAAAUAAACGGGAAUCCCGUCAGCACAUACGAAACAACAAAAAAUCGUUACAUAACAACAUCGAAGGAAGCAAAAAGAAACCGUCAGUGCAUCCCAGAAGGAAAGGAAAUACAGGAAAAGCAAUAAAAGUUAACCGAAACCGGUGAUCAACUGUGCGCGUAUUGGGGAAAAUAUAAAACAGAAAGAAGUACCUACCAACACGGAAUGUCUUCAUCGGUGAAAGAUCGUCGCACGGGUAGCGGAGUUAAAUAAUUUAUGAAGAAAGUUGUAAGAAAAAUUGUGUCUCUAUGAGCCGUGUGCCGAUGAUUUUUGAUCUUGAUAACGAGUUGCCGGAGCUGAGUGUGCAUUGACUGAUUUCGAAAUUAUCAGUGACACUGGUGUGAUUGAGUGCUUGGAACGGAGGGAGUACGAAGGAACCAAAGUACCGAGCAUCAAUUUGGUCGGAGUCAACGUUUCACGAGUUUGAAUUUCUGAAAUUGACGAUAUACGCAAGACAACUAUAGACUAAAGAGAAGACAAUCACCUGGAGGCCAUUAUCUAACGCAGGCCUCGUUCUGGAUUAAUAAAGAUCCAGUGCCUCCAUACCUCGCCGUUGCCCGACUCGAACGAAAAGUAUGACGUCGUCCGGAGUGGCGUCGUCGUCCCCCAAACGGCGGCUGCCCCAGCUGGCGCUGGUGGCGCUACUCGUCCUGCUCAAUGCCGUCACGACUUCAUCUACCUCAUCCUCGUACGUCUGCCCAAAGGGUUGCGAGUGCAAGGACGCCAGUAUCACGUGUACCAGCGUGACCGGCUUGCGAAGCAUCGACAAGAGUCUUCCCAUCAAGCGGUUGGUCCUGUCCGGAUUGGAACUGAAGAAGAUUCCCGCUCAGCUGGAGAACAUUCGAAACAUCACCGAGUUGGAUCUGUCCAACAAUCACCUGUCGGAGGUGAGCCACCUGGGCCGGAGAAUACGACGACUCAAUCUGAGCCAGAACCGAAUCACCUCCGGGAAGCUGUCGAAGGUUCCGCAGUUUGUGGAAUCGCUGAAUCUGUCGCACAAUGAUAUCACCUACCUGCCAUUGUACUUGAUGAAACUGAAGAAACUGCGAUACAUUGAGCUGGCGGACAAUCCAAUCAACUGCACUUGCGAGACGCUGCACAUUCGGAACUGGCUGACGACGCGGCACGUGUGGUCCGAUCAGCACAUCAAGUGUAGCGCACCGCAGGAAUUCAAGGGUAGACCGUGGUUGCAGGUCAAGCAAUCGGACGUGUGCCAUGGCGCUGGGGGGCGCGAUGAAGGUUACAAUUGGGAUGACUACGAGGAUGAAAACGAUCUGAUGCUGGGGGAUCAAGCAGACUUGGAAGAUGAAGAGGAGGAAGAUGAGGAUGACUUCAAGAAGGAGUAUUUCCCUGUUGGGGAGAAGCUAAAGUCCCAGGAUCCUCCGAUUGAAAUUCAAAACGAUGACGAAGUGGAGGGUGGCUCGGGUGAUGAAUUGUCGUCGGACAUUGGAGAAGAGGAAAAAGCUGAGGCUAGGAAGGCAGUUGAUUUGGCAAUGACCGAGGGAUCUGGUGAGGCAAAUAACGAGACUGGACAGUAUGUUCUAGUAGGUCAGAUGCAGCAUGGUGGGGAAGAAGAUGAAGAUGAUGAUGGAAGUGGUAGCGGCGGUGGUGUUUUGCUCACUGGCGUCAGAGGAAUUGAUCUUGACGAGACGUCAGAAGGUCCCAAGUCUGAUGAUGGAUUCGACGAGGGUGGUGAAAGUGAAGAGAAGCCUAUUACUCCUUUUGAAGGUAAUUUGGGUAUUUUUCAAGAAAAACCUGAAGAUGACACGACGGUUUCGCAUGAUACGGAGUCGUCAGAUGACAUAGUUCCUUUCAAAGCAGUUGUUGAUGUUGAUAAGGGUACUACAGGAGCUACAGAUAGCUCAACCGAAAAAGAAAGUGCAAACAUUAUCAACGAAUCGAACGUGGCCGAUUCGGAUAGUAAAGGAACUUAUAUUCUAUUGGCUAUUCUUGGAAUCAUUUUGGUUUGCUUGAUUGUUCUGGUGAUGUGCAAGCGGAAACCAGACUCUAGAAAUCGUCGUGGUAAGGCUGAUCUGGAAGCUGCUCGAGGUCGCGAGUUGCAAGAUAUGGACAAGAGUCUUCUGGGUAAGCCACUGGAGAAGAAUGGUCAUAAAGUGCCGGAGCAAGCGCCUUUGAUGAACGAUCGCGACAAGACCGACUACCAGAAAGUCUUCAACGACAAAACAAACAACUACGCUCCUGCAAAACCGGAGCGAACCUCGCUGGAGAAACCAACCAUGGAGACGUUCAAACCAAUUCCAGCCGAUAGAAACAAGAGCAAAGAAAGCCUCUACGAAAAUGUGCCUCUAAAUGACAAUAACAAUACGGUUCCGCUACAGAACGGAAACGGACAUUUACGUAACGGUGAACCAGCCGGAGUUCAUCAACCCAAUCACAAUGUGCCAUCCCAGGACGAUGAAGAGCUCCUACCGCCAAACGGCAAUCCCAAUCAUCUUCAGCCAGAAUCCGUCGAAUCGCCCAAAUCCAAGCGCUACAGCCCCAUCUACGUGCCCACGUCACCCAAGUCCGAUCGCUACAGUCCGGUGUACUCGCCGGAAACCGGACGCGUCAAAAUCAAACUAACCGAAACUCCCAAACCAAAAACUCCCAUCUUGGUCACGCGAAGUCGAUCGAGAGCCGGAGAUUACAUAACGACAACCGACCAGAAGUUCUGAUCCACGCUGCACAGACAACGACAACAAAGACGACGGUUCACCUUGUGGAUUUUGCUGCAGCCUUCCUAACGAAUCCGGGACGUCACGAGUUCGGUGACGUCCGUCUAGGCACUACUAAUCCGGACGAGCGGUCCGGGUUUGUUUUAUUUUUUUAAAUCGACACUGAACAUCCGUUAUCGGUGAAAUAUCCGAACCGAUAAGAGUUCGAAAGAGUAUAUCGAGUCAGAAAUUUGUGUAUAGAUAACCAGCCGUUGGGCAUUGAGCUCCCAUCGUUCAACCUUACGUAACUGUCACGUACGCUCAAAACUGUCUAUUUCUUAGGUAGAUAUAUUCGGGAAAUGUAAAAAAAAAAAUCAAAUUAUAGCCCUGAAAAAGCGGCAUGGGAAAACCUUUCAGAAACAUGCAUAUUCAUAGGAAGAAGAAUUUACAGUAAUUUAGUUGUGAAGAUUAUUUAAAUACUAAGUCAUCAUGAAAGUGCACAAACCAUUUUGAAACUGAAUCCCCACUGUGACGGAUGAUCGACCAGUCGAUGGCAAUAUAUGAAACUAAUCAAAAUAACCAUGCGGACGCCGGAAAAGUACCGUAAAAGUAUGUUUUAAAAUUAAUAACCAACAAAAAAAUCAAUUGUGAUAGCCAAACGAAUGAAUGGAAAUCAACCGAAAACGAAAUCAUCCAAUAAGAUUAAUAACUAGCAAGCAAAAGAACAAACCCAAUCGAUCACGCAACAAGCGUAAACGUUCCUGAACCACACCCCCGCGCGUGCAACAACAAAAGACCAUUUAGCAGUAAUUGAAUCGUCCCCCUCCAUUCUGACGAUCGUCACUGGAAUGUAAAUAUUAUCGUUCAAAGAGUAAAUAAUACCGAUUCCCCUCCCGCGCAUCCAGUUUAGGGAUAUGUGCUCCCAGCUGCUGCAAUUGUAAUGGAUAAAGAUGCCAAUAAAUUAUACAACAUACAUUAUAGAACUAAGCUAUCAUCCGUUCGGUAUCAACAUGGGAACGAAGUCAACUAAGUCCAUUUAUUGUGUUAGGAUUUUGCUGUAGUGUAUGAUUCUGUUCAGGAAGUAAGAAAAUUCGGAACCAGAAAAUAGUUUAAUCCAUGAAAAAAUAAAAUGAUUAAGUUAAAGCAAAAAACCAGGAACAGAAUUUUGGAUUUUCAUACCCGUAGGAGAAUGGUAAAACUGGCUGCCUUAUGAACAUUUUGAAAACGGAGAAAAAAAAUUAGUCGAGCAAUAAAAAGUAGAACACGAAUGUCCGCUAGCGGUUUGCAAUCAGUCUCUGUGUCAGGAAUAGGAAGUUUGUUAAGUUUUAAUAAUUUAACGAAAGUGAAGAAAUACUAUUGUAUAUGUAUUUUAAAUAAAUUAUAUUAGAAGUUAACACUGUCGUAAA